CUCGAGGACCACCGACCAAGAUGCCGUUCGUCAAGCAGCAGAAGAACAGCGCCUACUACAGCCGAUACCAGGUCAAGUACCGUCGCCGUCGCGAGGGCAGGACCGACUACCAGGCGCGCAAGAAGCUCACGUCGCAGGCCAAGGACAAGUACAACGCCCCCAAGUACCGCCUCGUCGUCCGGUUCUCGAACCGCUACGUGCUUGUCCAGAUCAUCAGCGCGAAGAUCCAGGGCGAUGCCGUUCUCACCCAGGCCAGCUCCAAGGAGCUGCCCAGGUACGGCAUCAAGCACGGUCUCGGCAACUGGACGGCCGCCUACGCUACCGGCCUUCUCUGCGCCCGUCGUGCACUCACGCUCCUCGGCCUGGCCGACAAGUACGAGGGUGUCACCGAGCCCGACGGGACCAUGACCGAGACCGAGCCUCUCGGUGACGACGAGCCCCGCCCCUUCAAGUGCUUCCUCGACGUUGGUCUGAAGCGCACCUCGACGGGUGCCCGUGUCUUUGGCGCUCUCAAGGGUGCCUCGGACGGUGGUAUCUUCAUCCCCCACUCGGAGAAGAGGUUCCCCGGCUACGACCCCGAGACCAAGGAGCUUGACAGCGAUGUCUUGUCGGGCUACAUCCGAGGAAGCCACGUCGCUGAGUUCAUGGAGAGCCUCGAGGAGGAGGACGACGAGCGCUUCAAGAAGCACUUUGCUUCGUACCUCGCUGACGAGGUGGGAUCCGAGGACCUUGAGGAGAUUUACGAGAAUGCCUUCACGGCCAUCCGGGAAGACCCCAGCUUCCAGCCAUCGGACAAGGCCAAGGACUGGAAGAGCGAGAGCAAGAAGUACAAGGCCACCAAGCUCACCUACCAGCAGCGCAAGCAGAAGAUUGCGGACAAGAUUGCCGCCUUCCAGGCCGGCCAGAACGAGGCCUAAUCUCUAGUCUCUCUCUUUUCAUCCCCAAAAAAACAUCUUGUUGUACUAGCCAGCCGGCACCCUUCAUUGACAUGCACUCACAUGGCAUCCCUCU